GCGAUUGCUACUUAUUCCAAGCGUCGGCGUCAUAUUGUUAGCGGUUAACGCCAAAUAAUUCUCGUGUGAAUUUUGGCAGCUCUUAUUUUGCCCACACAGAAUAUGAAGAAAGUCAAACCACUAUUGCAUGAUCAUUUAAUAACAAAUCGAGUGAAGCAGUAUUUGGAAGACCACAUUGACGAGACAUAUUUGGAUGUGAAGCAGAUGACCAAAGAGUUGAUGCGCAAAUAUCCCGAGUAUUCGCGUCGCAAAUUUGGACCAUUCAGACAACUGGUGCAUCAAGCUUUUUCCAUUGUUUCCGAAAGCUAUAACUUAGAUAAGGCCAGCAGUUCUGAGGAAGAGGAAUACUAUUUAUCAGACGAACCAGAGACGCCCAACAACAGCGUCAUGAACAAUAUAAUGCAGGGUUUGUACACCCAGAAUCAGUCACAAGUUCGCAGAGCUUCACAAACUCCAAAGCCAAGCAAUGAGCCCAUUGACAUUUCCAGCGGUGAUGAGAACGACGAUGAAUCCAGAAGUCCAUCAAAUGGUGCUGGCAGCUUGGCUGGUGGUGCCACGGUUAUAGCGCCAGUUAAAGCGCUCAAACGACCCAUGGAUCAGAGCCAGACUGCGGCAGCAGUGCUGGCCAAGAAGGGUAAAACAUCUCUAUUUGACUUGCUUGCAGGGGUGCGACAGGAUAACCUAACUGGCGGCAAUAGCGGAGCUAAUCAAAUGCCGUCGAAGAAAUAUGUGGCCAAUCUUGGCAAAGGCAAUUGCGACGCUGGAUCCAGCAAGGAGCCAUCUCAUCAUGGACCCUCGCAUGGCUAUCAACAGCACCAACAGUUUUCACAGCAGCAACAGCAGCAACAACAACAUCAUCAUCAGCAGCAGAUGCGUAUUCGCAAAUACAAAAAGGAAUUGGAUGUGACACGCAUCACAGAGAGUUUCCGUGAUAUUGGUGGCAUGGAUGGUACACUGAAAGAGCUAUGCGAAAUGCUUAUACAUAUCAAAUCACCGGAAUUCUAUUUCCAAUUGGGUUUGCUGCCAUCGCGUGGCCUCCUGCUGCACGGACCGCCGGGCUGUGGCAAAACCUAUUUAGCGCGUGCCAUUGCGGGUCAAUUAAAAAUGCCGUUGCUUGAGGUGCCGGCCACGGAGUUGAUUGGAGGCAUUUCUGGUGAAUCGGAGGAGCGUAUACGUGAUGUCUUCGAGCAGGCAAUUGAUAAUUCGCCAUGUGUGCUCUUCAUUGAUGAAAUCGAUGCCAUUGCGGGCAAUCGUCAGUGGGCAUCCAAGGAUAUGGAGCGACGAAUUGUCUCACAGCUCAUCACCAGCUUGGAUCAGCUAAAGAGUACUGAAUUCGGACAAUCAGUUGUUGUCAUUGCUGCCACAACACGGCCGGACACAUUGGAUCCGGGUCUGCGUCGCAUUGGACGCUUCGACCAUGAAAUCGCCAUACACAUACCAUCGCGCAAAGAACGACGUGAAAUCUUGCGCAUACAGUGCGAGGGUUUGUCCGUUGACCCGAAGCUGAACUAUGAUAAAAUUGCUGAACUAACGCCCGGCUAUGUGGGCGCUGAUCUGUUGGCUUUGGUCUCGCGUGCCGCCACAAUCGCUGUGAAACGACGAUCGAUGAAGAAGUUUCGUGAGCUGCAUGCAGCUAAUGAAAUGAAUAUGACAACGGUGACGCUAGACGACGAUGAGACCGUUGAGCCGGUGCAGGAGAAGCCAGCAGGUGCUGAGAAGCCAGCAGAUGCUGAGAAGCCAGCAGAGGCUGAGAAGCCAGCUGAUGCGGAGAAGACGGGCGGGGAAGCAGAAAAGCCAAAGUCGGAUAAAGAAAAUGCAGAAGCCAUAAAUGGCGAGAAGGCCAAUGAAGAUGAUUCCAUGGAUGUGGACGAGAAGGAAACUGAUGCGUCAGCUGAAAAAGCCGAAUCUGAAACCAAGCAGCAAGUCGAAACGCCAGACAAGUCGCCAGCUGAGCUCGAAGAGUUCUACGAACCAACGUUGGCUGAGUUGACAAAUUUCUUGGACAAUCCGCCAGAGGAAUUUGCCGAUCCGAACUUCUGUCUGACCUUAGAUGAUUUCAUGGCCGCUGUUAAGCUCAUACAACCUUCCGCCAAACGCGAAGGUUUCAUCACUGUGCCGGACACCACAUGGGAGGAUAUUGGCUCGCUGCAUGACAUACGCGAGGAACUGAAGCUAGCUGUGCUGGCGCCCGUAAAGUAUCCCGAUAUGUUAGUACGCCUCGGCCUGGAGGCGCCCUCCGGCGUGCUGCUCUGCGGACCACCAGGCUGUGGCAAGACGCUGUUAGCCAAGGCCAUAGCCAAUGAGGCGGGCAUUAACUUUAUAUCCGUUAAGGGCCCUGAACUCAUGAACAUGUAUGUGGGCGAGAGCGAGCGUGCAGUGCGCGCUUGUUUCCAACGUGCUCGCAACUCGUCGCCCUGUGUGAUCUUCUUUGAUGAGUUCGAUUCGCUGUGCCCCAAGCGGUCGGACGGAGGCGAUGGCAAUAAUUCCGGCACCCGCAUUGUCAAUCAACUGCUCACGGAAAUGGAUGGAGUGGAGGAGCGCAAAGGUGUCUAUAUACUGGCUGCUACCAAUCGACCGGAUAUCAUAGAUCCGGCUAUUUUGCGUCCGGGUCGUUUAGACACCAUACUCUAUGUGGGCUUGCCGCAAGAGCAGGAGCGUGUAGAUAUAUUGAAAGCUACCACGAAGAAUGGCAAGCGUCCAGUGCUGGCGGAUGAUGUGAAUCUGGAGGCGUUGGCUGCCAAAACAGAUGGCUAUACGGGCGCCGAUUUGGCCGGACUGGUCAAACAGGCGUCCAUGUUCGCGCUGCGCCAAUCGCUGAACAGCGGCAACACCACAGUGGACGAUCUGUGCGUGCGCCAACAGCAUUUCGAGGAGGCACUCAAGCAGCUGCGUCCCUCGGUUAGCGAGCAGGAUCGCAAGGUGUAUGAGAAGCUGCGUCAGAAGUAUGCUGCACCGCGUAUGCCUUCUUUUGAGACCAAAUGAAUAUCUCUAUUAGUGACUCA